UUUUCCUUCACCGCCCCCGUUAAGCCUUCGUAGGCUUCCCAGUGUCCCCGUCGACCCUGUUUCGCGAACAGCAGCCAUUAUUAUUGCGUGCAGACAUAACGAUCGCUUCUGGAUACCAUCAUGGCGAAUAGCCUCGAGGCAAAGAUUGUGGUUCUAGGGAGUCAAGGCGUUGGAAAGACAUCAUUAGUACAUCGAUACGUCAAAAACGCUUUUACUCCACCAACAACCACCUCAACAAUAGGCGCAUCGUUCCUGACUAAGAGAGUCAUGGAUAUCGACACGUCCACUACUGUGCGCCUGCAAAUAUGGGACACUGCUGGGCAAGAGAGGUUCCGGUCUAUCUCUAAGCUCUAUUACAGAGGCGCGAAUGCUGGGGUUCUUUGCUACGACAUUACCGACCCCCAGUCCUUUGAGGAAAUGGGUCGCUGGUUGCGCGAACUGAAGCAGAACCUCGGAGACGACAUAAUCCUUCACGUAGUCGGAACCAAAUCAGACAUCGUCGCCGAAGACCCCUCCAAACGCAAAGUGCCCUUUGAACGCUGUAUCGCAUACGUAGCGGAGCACCUCUACCCUACUCAGCCACAGAAUUCAGCACCAACCUCUUCAAAUGGCUGGGGGAGUGCGCCUGCGACCGGCAGUGGUGGACAUAGUGGUGGCAUGGCAUCGCCUCAAAGCAACAGGUCGAGCGGAUUCUGGGGACAAGACAUUGGCUGGGACUGCUGUCACGAAAUCAGCGCCAAGGACGGCGAAGGUGUCGACGAGGUAUUCCGAGUCAUAACCCGGAAGCUGGUAGAGCAACAACAGCGGAAAUUGGAAGAAGAGUGGGCUCUAGCGGCCGGCACUCCUGGUACGAACGGCAACGGAAACAUCAAUGGCUACUUCGACUACCCGGGGGAGGGCACUGGAAGUUUCAGAGUCGGGAUGGGUGAUAAAAGAAGGAGUUGGCUAGGUUUCCCCACUACUCCCGCCGUAGGAGGUGAGCAGAGUGAGUGGGAAGGCGAGGUUGAUAGGAGGCGGAAGAGCAAGGGCGGCAAAUGUUGCUGAGGAGUGGAACGAAAUGGGAGCCAUGGUUUACUUUCCUUUUGCCGUCUGGAUUGCCGACGGGCCCUCAGUCACACUCAUCAUCUGUACCACUAUGACGAACCUCAUGAAUCAAUCCGAUCUGAUUCGACGACGGCUUUCGACCUUUUUCGUUUAAUACCUCCUUCC